UUGUAAUCCAGAAUUGGAGAUAACAUAUAAUUUUACAGAAAUCAUGACUAGUGACGAUGAAGCGUCUGAAAAAAUUGUUUUUAAAAAGAAAAAGGUGAAAGCCUUGAGAAAGCGGAAAACGUCGUCUUCAGAUGAAAACAGUGGUAGUGAAGACAAUUUUAACAGAUUUCAGUUAGAAGAACUAAGAACUGUUCAAAAACUACGUGAACGUCCAAAAGGAGUAAAUAUUGUUGGUUUAGCUUUAGGUGAGGCUGCAACACCCAUUGACAGAAUAGUUGAUUCCGAUCCAUUUAAAGUCAAAGCAGGUGGAAUGGUAAACAUGGCUGCUUUGAAAAACAGUAAAAUUAAACAAGAUGAUGCUUAUGAUACUGGGAUUGGAACUCAGUUUAAUGCAGAAACAAACAAACGCGAUGAAGAUGAUGAAAUGGUCAAGUACAUCGAGGAAGAGCUACAAAAAAGAAAGAAUAAAAACAGUAUUAACCGAGAGGACGAUGCCAAUAAAAAUAAAAUGCUUUACUGCUCACCAGAAGAAGCAGCACUUCAAGCAGUGCCUGAGCACUUGAGGCAAAGUUCAUCACACAAAAGUGAAGAGAUGUUAUCGAAUCAAAUGCUUUCUGGAAUUCCUGAAGUUGAUCUGGGCAUAGAAGCCAAAAUUCGCAAUAUUGAGUCAACCGAGGAGGCAAAGUUAAAAUUACUGUGGGAGAGACAUAGAAAGAAGGACGGUCCAUCUCAGUUUGUGCCUACUAAUAUGGCUGUAAACUUUGUUCAACACAACAGAUUUAAUUUAGAUGAUGAUGCACAAAAAAGAAAGAGACAAGGAUCUUCUCAGAGACAUAUACCGCAAACAUCAAACUCAAAAGAUAAGAGAAAAGAUAGCGAUGAAAAAGCUACUGAUGAUUAUCACUAUGAGAGAUUUAAAAAACAGUUUAGGCGAUUUUAAUGCAUUUUGUUUGCUAAAUACAAAGUUUGUAUAUAAUCGUGACUCAAAAGAAAUUUUGUACAUUACAGAAUUAUACAUUUUGCAAACAUAAAAGCUGAGCUUGCUUGGUUAUCAGCACUCACUGUUAUCUGAGUCGUGCAUCAUACAUCAUACAUCGUUAAAAUUGUUGCUCCAAAACAUUAUAUUUAUGGCUUCUAAUAUGCUGAAAAACUUACUAUUUGACUCGUUUCAGUCUAUAAGACCUUUUAAUAAAAAAAAAAAAAUUACUUAUCUUAUGCUACUAGGGUUGAGAAGUAUAUGAAAAAAUAGAAAUAUCAAAAGAAGCAGUAAAUAAUUGUUACUUAUUAUCACUAUCUGAAACUUGACGUUUGAAAUUUAUCAAAAACUCACCUGAAAAAACGGAUGAUGUGUAAUUAAUCCAGGAAAGCGGUACGGCAUUACAUGUGGUUCUACAUAUGGCUUCA